AUGGCUCUUCCACCAAAGUGGUAUCAGUUCCUCGUCUCAGUCUUUGCCUCCUUGGGCUCAGUACUUUACGGUUAUGAUCUCGGUGUCAUCGCUGGAGCCAUUGGCUCCAAGUCCUUCAACUGGGAAUUCAACCCCAAUGCCAACGAGACUGGUGCUGUCGUCAGUGUGUUCACUGGUGGUGCCUUCUUCGGCGCAUUCUUCGCCGGCCCCAUUGGUGACAAGCUUGGUAGAAAGAUGACUAUCUUGAUCGGUUCCAUUGUUUUCCUCGUUGGUGGAGCCCUCCAAACUGCUGCACAAAAUCUCCAUUACCUCUAUGCUGGUCGUGCCAUCGCUGGUCUUGGUGUCGGCAUGCUUGUCAUGAUCAUCCCCCUGUACCAAGCCGAAUUGGCUCACCCCAGUAUUCGUGGCCGUGUUACAUCGCUGCAACAGUUCAUGUUGGGUAUCGGUGCUUUCGUUGCAUCCUGGGCCGCCUUCGGUUGCUACACCUCAUACGGAGACCGCGAUAGCAGGCAAUGGAGAAUUCCCUUGGGUAUCCAGAUGCUCCCCGCCGUUUUGCUCGCAGCCCUUAUCCUGUUCUUCCCUGAAUCUCCCAGAUGGCUUCUUUCCAACGGACACACCGAGAAGGGUCUCCAGACUCUCGCCAAGCUCCACUCCCACGGCAACACUCAAGAUCCCUGGGUCGUCGCUGAGUUCGAGUCUAUUCAAGAUGCUGUUACCUACGAGAAAGAGCACGAGGCCAAGUCAUACGCAGAGCUCUUCACCAACAAGUCAAGCUUCCGUCGCUUGUUUAUUGCCGUCGCUCUCCAGGCUUCAGUCCAGAUGACCGGUGUAUCCGUCAUUCAGUACUACAGUGUUGAGAUCUUCGCACAGAUCGGUAUCUCCGGAGACGACACCCUCAAGUACCAGGCCAUCUCUUCCCUUAUCGCUCUGCUGGCACAGUUCUGCUGUCUGAUGCUCAUCGACAAAUUCGGUCGUCGCUGGCCUCUUAUCCUCGGUAACAUCGGUAACGCUCUCUGCUUCAUCGUCGCUACCUGCCUCCUCGCCAAGUUCCCUCCGGAUGCCGAGAACCCAUCAAACUCCAACAAGGGCGCCGGCUGGGGCUUCAUCGUCGUCGGAUGUUGGUUGUACAACUUCUCCUUCUCGGCCACCUGUGGUCCUCUGUCGUGGAUCAUCCCUGCCGAGAUCUUCGACACCAGAACACGUUCCAAGGGUGUCUCCAUCGCCACCAUGGUCUCCUUCGCCUUCAACACCAUGAUCGGUCAAACCACCUCUGUCGCCAUCAAGGCCAUCGGCUGGCAAUGGUACAUUGUCUUCAUCGUGUGUAACUUCACCAACGCCCUUUUCUUCUGGGCCAUCCUUCCCGAGACCGCCGGCCGCCCUCUCGAGGAGAUGAACUUCCUCUUCACAGAAGCUCCUCUGUUUGUUCCUGGAACUGCUGCUGCUGGUCGCAAGGGCUUCGCUACUGGCGAGCUCGAGAGACGUGUCGAGGAGGUCGAGAGAAAGGGUUCUAUUACCAUUCAUCAUGAGGAGACCGAGAAGGUUUAGGAGGUCUUUUGGUGUGAUGUUCUAGAGCCUACGUGUUUAUUACACUGGCUAGAUAAUUUGGACG